UAGAGAAAGAAAGCUCUCAUUCUCGUUUCUUCCUGCACAGGAUCUCACUGUGAGAGAGACCAGAGGAGAAGGCACAGGUUCUCUCGUGGGUAGGGUUUCGCCUCGCCAAUCAGAUUCGGAGGAGCUUUUUGUUCUUUGAUCGAAAUGGCUUCAAGACCCAUUGUCCCCGUGCAAGCGAGAGGCGAGGCAGCGAUAGGAGGAGGAGCGGGUAAGCAGCAGAAGAAGAACGGCGCAGCAGAAGGAAGAAACCGCAAAGCCCUCGGCGACAUUGGCAAUCUCGUCACUGUUCGAGGCAUCGAAGGCAAGGUUCAGCCUCAUCGCCCCAUCACAAGAAGCUUCUGCGCACAACUACUGGCAAAUGCACAAGCUGCCGCGGCUGCCGAAAACAACAAGAAACAAGCUGUAGUUAACGUGAAUGGAGCGCCGUCCAUUCUUGAUGUACCUGGAGCAGGCAAAAGAGCCGAGCCUGCGGCGGCGGCGGCGGCAAAAGCUGCUCAAAAGAAAGUCGUUAAACCGAAACAAAAGGCUGAAGUUAUCGAUUUAACGUCGGAUUCGGAAGGAGCGAUCGAGGCCAAGAAGAAGCAACAACAUCAUGAGCCUACGAAGAAGGAAGGAGAGAAAUCAUCGAGAAGGAAUAAGCCCACUCUCACUUCGGUCCUCACUGCUCGAAGCAAGGCAGCUUGUGGGAUGACUAAAAAACCCAAAGAGAAGGUCGUCGACAUCGACGCGGGUGACGCCCACAACGAGUUGGCUGCAUUCGAAUAUAUCGAAGACAUCUACACUUACUACAAGGAGGCUGAGAAUGAGAGCCUGCCCCGUAACUACAUGUCGUCCCAGCCGGAGAUAAACGAGAAGAUGAGGGCGAUCCUGGUGGACUGGCUGAUCGAGAUCCACAACAAGUUCGACCUCAUGCCCGAGACCCUCUACCUCACCAUCAACAUCAUCGACCGGUUCCUCUCGGUGAAGGCAGUCCCGAGGCGGGAGCUCCAGCUGCUGGGCAUGGGCGCUCUCUUCACCGCCUCCAAGUACGAAGAGAUCUGGGCUCCCGAGGUGAACGAUCUGGUGUGCAUCGCGGACAGAGCCUACAGCCAUGAGCAAGUGCUGGCGAUGGAGAAGACGAUCCUGGGGAAGCUGGAGUGGACGCUCACCGUGCCCACCCACUACGUCUUCCUCGUUCGAUUCAUCAAGGCGUCGCUCGGCGAUCGCAAAUUGGAGAACAUGGUGUACUUCCUGGCCGAGCUCGGGGUGAUGAACUACGCGACGCUCACGUACUGCCCCUCCAUGGUGGCGGCCUCGGCGGUGUACGCGGCGCGGUGCACUCUCGGCCUAACCCCGCUAUGGAACGACACCCUCAAGCUUCACACCGGCUUCUCCGAAUCCCAGCUCAUGGACUGCGCGAGGCUGCUGGUGGGAUACCACGCGAAGGCGAAAGAGAACAAGCUGCAGGUGGUGUACAAGAAGUACUCGAGUUCUCAGAGAGAAGGCGUGGCCCUGAUCCCGCCGGCCAAGGCUCUGCUUUGCGAAGGCGGUGGUCUGUCGUCUUCUUCGUCGUUGGCGUCCUCUUCUUGACGAAAGGCUCUGCUAUAACUACAAGAGAGAGAGGAGAGACGAGUGCACACAGCUUUUGAGUUUGUUCUCGGCCAGAGAAAAAUGACAGAUUGAUAUCGAUGAUGAUGACUGUCGUGUCAUCAGUAGUGUGCUUUUUUUUUACAGUCACGGAUUGGUGACUUUUGUUGUUGACUGGAAUUCUUCUCCUUUCACUUGUUUGAAGAUUCGUUUAAUUCGUUGAAGGAAACAUUGGCUGCUGUAUAAUUGGGAACCAAGAAUAUAUGGAGUUUUCAAUUCAAUA